AUGACCGAAAGACAGAAGACGUACUUUGACUUGAGCAUCGGAGGCAAGCCCGCGGGCCGCGUCGUGUUCGAGGUGUACAGCGACGUGACGCCCAAGACCGCGGAAAACUUUGUCCGGCUGUGCGCGGGCGACGCGGGCGAGUGUCGCACCAAGCCCGGCGUGCCGCUCUGCUACCAGGGCUCGCUGUUCCACCGCGUGAUCAAGGGCUUCAUGUGCCAGUUCGGCGACUUCACCAACGGCGACGGCACGGGUGGCGAGUCCAUCUACGGCGAGAAGUUCGAGGACGAGAACUUCGCGCGCAAGCACGACCGGCCGUUCCUGCUGUCGAUGGCCAACGCCGGCCCCAACACCAACGGCUCGCAGUGCUUCAUCACGUGCGCGCCCACGCCGCACCUGGACGGCAAGCACGUCGUGUUCGGCGAGGUGAUCCAGGGCAAGCGCGUCGUGCGCGCCAUCGAGCGCCAGGAGACCGCCGCGGACCGUCCGCUUGCGGACGUCCGCAUCGACGCCUGCGGCAUCCUGCCUGCGUCCUACGAGGUGCCCGCGGACGCCGAGGCUACGCCCGCAGACGAGUACGGCGACGACUACGAGGAGACCCUGGCCGACGACGCGAAGGUCGACCUGGCCGACCCCCGCAGCGUCAUCCGCGCCGUUGAGGCCGUCAAGGCCAUCGGCACCGCACAGCUCCAGGCUGCCCGCUUCGACGUUGCCGUCCAGAAGUACGCCAAGGCCGCCGGCUUCCUGCAGGAGUACUUCCCGGACGACCUGCCGGACGCAGAUGUCGCCGCGCUCGAGCAGCUCAAGGUCGCCGUCCACCUCAACCUCGCGCUGGCCGCCCUGAAGGCCGGCAACCACCAGCGCGUGCUCUCCGCCGCCUCCGAGGUCCUGCACGGCGCCGCGGACGACAAGGCCAAGGCCAAGGCACUCUACCGCCGCGGCCUGGCAUACCACCACCUCAAGGACCCGGAGAUGGCCCUCACCGACCUCGAGCUCGCCGCCACCUACCAGCCGGGCGACGCCGGCAUUGCGCAGGCCAUCGUCAACGCCCGCGCGCUGAAGCAGAAGCUGCGCGAGCAGCAGAAAAAGGCCCUUUCCAAGAUGUUCAGCUGA